GUCUUUAAGUCACGAGACACGUGCUAUAAUAGAAACGUAAACGGCGACAAAUAACAAAUGCAAUCUUUUGAUUACAAAUUAGGUUCAAUUAAUUCAAAACUAUUUGGUUUAUGUAAACAAAACCAUAAUCUAUGACGUCAUAGUAUCAUUAUUAUUUGCUCUGUAAUUUAUUUAUCAAGAAUAUAAUAGAGGAUGGCUAGAUAAUGGCGCUCACAGUUGUAAAUUGCAUCUUUGGAAUUAUUUCGAUAAUUGCAACUAUAAUUUAUAGUGGACGUUCGUCGUUGUUUACACAGAAACUAAAUGAGCUUUUGCAUUGGAAAUCUGGUUGUAAUCCAAUAUCUUCUGUAGGUAAUGUGACUUUGCAUUAUUUUGCUACACAAGGAAAAGCAGAAGCAAUUCGGAUGCUUAUGGUAGAUCAACAAAUACCUUUCACAGAAACAAACUAUACUGAGCAAACAUGGCCAAACGCGAAGCAUAAUGGCACAGCCACUGGAUUAUUUACUUUUGGACAAGUACCUGCUAUAACAACAAGCAAGGGGCUUCAAUUUGUGGAUAGUAAAGUAAUAAUUCAAGUUCUUGGUCGAUCAGUUGGAUUAGAUUGUGAUUGUGCUGAUAUUACAAAGUGUGAUACAAUUGCAGCUGGUGUUAAUGAUCUUUACAUGAGCAGAAGUAAGGUCUGGAAUGAUCCAAAUUCUUCUUAUUCGACUAGAAACAAGUUUAUAAAUGACAUUUUGUUUACAUGGCUAGGCUAUUUUGAAAGACUGGUGCCUAAUUCCACUAGUGAAUCUGAUGGGAUUUAUUUUUCCAGCGAACGACUCACUUGGGUAGAUUAUCUAGUGUUUGAAUUGAUUGAAAGUAAUUGUGGCUUUAUUAGUCAGACAGCAGUAAAACAAAAUAAUCCUGAUUCUGUAAAUAAGCAAGAUGUUGUUUUGAACAAUUACAUAAAGGAAGAUAAUGAGAAAUAUGAAAAUAUAAAAGAUUGUCAAUCUUUAAUUGAAAACUUUCCCAAACUUAAUACGUUUUAUAAAAGUUUUAGAAAUAGGUCACGUUUGAAAACUUAUUUAAAUGGUAAAAGACAUUCUCUUUUUAUUCCUUUACCUAAAAUAAAGUGAGGUAAUCUAAAUUUAUUUGUAAAGUAAAACGAACGAUAAGAAAAUGUGUAAUGUAAUAACGAUGAAGAAGAGGUGUAAUGUAAUAAAAAUGUUUCGUCAUUAAAA